AUGCAAGCUUAGAGAGCCGAAGGCGAAUCUGCCACUAAAUUCUUUAUCAAGAACUUACUCGCUGCCUCAACUGCUGGUUGUGUUGCUGAGAUCGCUACCAUCCCUAUUGAUACUGCCAAGGUCAGACUUCAAAUUCAAGGAAAGAAUAUAGAUCCAAGCAUUAAGCCAAAGUAUUAGGGAUUCAUGGGCACAAUGAAAACUAUCACUGCUGAAGAAGGUCCAAGAGCUUUGUACAAUGGUUUAGCAGCUGGUCUUCAAAGAUAAGUUCUAUUCGCAGGUCUCAGAAUCGGUCUAUAUAUUCCAGUUAGAAACAUGAUUGCUGGAGAGCUCAAGCCAGGUGAAAACCCAACAUUGAAAACAAAGAUAUUAGCUGGUCUCUGCACAGGUGCCAUCGGUAUUUCAAUUGCCAACCCAACUGAUGUCGUUAAGGUUAAGAUGCAAGCUCAAGCCAGAUCAGCUGACCCCAGUCAAGUCAAAUAUAAGGGAUGCAUUGAUUGCUAUAGUUAGAUUAUUAAGGCAGACGGUAUUCCAGGCCUGUGGGUUGGAAUUAUCCCAAACAUCCUUAGGAACUCAGUAAUCAACGCUGCUGAGAUCGCCUCAUAUGAUCAAUACAAGCAAAUGUUCCUCCAAUAUACUGCCCUUCCAGAUAACAUGUCCCUCCACAUUCUCUGCGGUUUCAUGGCUGGAUUCACUGCUACCUGCUUCGGUUCACCUUUUGACGUCGUCAAGACCAGAAUGAUGAGUGCUGCCGUUCCUUACAAGGGAGUUAUAGAUUGCGUGUCUAAGACUAUCAGAAAUGAAGGUCCAAUGGCAUUCUACAAUGGAUUCACAGCUAACUUCAUGAGAAUAGGUACAUGGAAUAUUGUAAUGUUUGUGACUCUAGAGUAGAUUAAGAAAGCAAUCUUCCCACCUAUAAAGAAAGAAUGA